AGUCCUCUCCGCGGUGCGCGCUGAAUGGCUGGCGGCCCGCAGCGCCCCCGCCUCCGGCCCGGCAGCUACAGGUCGGCGGCCCCCAGCGUCGGCGCCCGAGGGCCGGGGAGUCCUGCACCCUCCCGCGCCCAUCCUAGCCCUCCGCGCCGCCCCAGUGCGCUCCCCGCCACAGCCCGAGCGGUCGCAGUCCUCUUAGGGCCCCCUGGAGAGGGGGCGCUGUGGCCACCAGAGGCCCCGAAGGAGUCACUUCUCACUGCGGGCCCGGCCCGCGCAGAGCCCGGGCGCGGCAUCUGUUUACUCGGGGUGAUAAUUAGUCUCCGAGGGCUCGCCCAGCCACGUGCUGAUGUAACGGCCGGUGUCGGGAAGACAGGCGCGCUCAGCUGCUGACCCAAGGAGCCCACACCACGGCCUCCGCGCGGGGAGCCCCAGCGCGCUCCAAAGCGUCCCCUAGCGGCCGGGCAGGUGGAAGGACAGCGCCCCAGACGCCUCUCCGGAGUGACUUCCCCGAUUCCCAGGGUGGCGCGGAGAGGUGCCGCUGCUCCGUGCGCCAGAACCGACCACGUUCUCGCCACCCCACCCCGCCCUCAGAAACUCGGAGUGCCUCCGCUGCCCCUUGGCUGUUUUUUUCUUCUGAACGAUCAGUGUCUUAGCUCUCAAGUUCAAGUCUCUGGACUUGCCCCGUCUCCUCUCCUUAAGUCAUUUCCACCCUCCACGGCAGCCUGGGGAAGCUGGUGGUCCUGGACUGCUCGUCCCAGGGCCGGCGCUGGCAGUCCCAGGCUGUCCGGCUGAGCAGCAGCCCGAAGCACUAGCCUCUCCUUCCCUCUCCUCCCUCCCUUUCUCGCUUCCUUUUUUCCCUCCUCUACUUCCCCCCUCCUUCUCUUGCCUCUUAAGUUUCCUGCACGGUGAAUCUAACUGUACCAAGCCUAGGCUCCCGCGGAACCGAUACUGGGCGCGACCCGGACACCGGGACACCGACUCUGCCGAGGCUGGACGAAGCAGCGGGACCGGUCCGCGCCGGAGCAUGGAGACGAAGCGCCAGGGAGGGCAUGUCCGGGGCGCCGGAGACACCAGGCCCGAGUAGCUCCUCCAUGGAGCCUGCCCAGAGCGGUCCCUGCUCUCCGGAUUUGCCCCUGCUCGUGUGCGGCUGCUGAGAGCGCUUCUUGCUCUGUAAAGUGGAUGUCAGGUGGAUCUAUGUUUUUGAAGGAACAAAGACUCAGAGAAGGCACCGCCGAGGAAGUUUGAGACGCGGGAGGAUGCAGGCUGCGUGCUGGUACGUCCUUCUCCUCCUGCAGCCCACCGUCUACUUGGUCACAUGUGCCAACUUAACAAAUGGUGGAAAGUCAGAACUUCUAAAAUCAGGAAGCAGCAAAUCGACACUAAAGCACAUAUGGACAGAAAGCAGCAAAGACUUGUCUAUCAGCCGACUCCUAUCACAGACUUUUCGUGGCAAAGAAAACGAUACAGAUCUAGACCUGCGAUAUGACACCCCAGAACCUUAUUCUGAGCAAGAUCUCUGGGAUUGGCUGAGGAACUCCACAGACCCUCAAGAGCCUCGGCCCAGGGCCAAGAGAAGGCCUAUUGUUAAGACGGGCAAGUUUAAGAAAAUGUUUGGAUGGGGUGAUUUUCAUUCCAACAUCAAAACAGUGAAGCUAAACCUAUUGAUAACUGGGAAAAUUGUAGAUCAUGGCAAUGGGACAUUUAGUGUUUAUUUCAGGCACAAUUCCACUGGUCAAGGGAAUGUAUCGGUCAGCUUGGUGCCCCCUACGAAAAUAGUGGAAUUUGACUUGGCACAACAAACCGUGAUUGAUGCCAAAGAUUCCAAGUCCUUUAACUGUCGCAUUGAGUAUGAAAAGGUUGACAAGGCUACCAAGAACACACUCUGCAACUAUGACCCUUCAAAAACCUGUUACCAGGAGCAGACCCAAAGUCAUGUGUCCUGGCUCUGCUCCAAGCCCUUUAAGGUGAUCUGUAUUUACAUUUCCUUUUAUAGUACAGAUUAUAAACUAGUACAGAAAGUGUGCCCCGACUACAACUACCAUAGUGACACACCUUACUUCCCCUCCGGAUGAGGAUGAACAUGGGGGUGAGACUGAAGCCUGAGGAAUUAAAGGUCAUAUGAUAGGGCUGUUACCUCAAUGAAGAAGGUCACAUCUGUUGCCUGGAAUGUGUCUACACUGCUGCUCUUGUCAACUGGCUGCAAAUACGCUAGUGGAAAACAUUCUGAUGUAAUUUCUGCCCAGUCAGCUUCAUCUCUCAGUAUAGCUGCAAAUCACCACAUAUUUUAAAGCUACACUUGAAGACAUGCUCUCAUACUUAGAUGUACAUGAACACACACACUCAUACACAUUUCAGCUUGCACCUGUCAUGAUUCCUGUCAGGAGGGCUUUCAUUGUCUGACUCAUAAUGGUUCAGGAUAAACUAUCAUCAAGAAAAGGAUUAACUAAACAGAGAAUGGUUUCUAACAUUGAUGCUAUAGAAAUCUCUUUUAAAGUCUUGAGUACAUGCUAAUUAAUAAUCCCCACUCAUGCAUUCCUACUGCUUGGAGUAGCUGUACUGGUAAAUACUACUGUAGGAGUAUAUGCUUGUUAAAAUGGAAAACAAUGUGUCUUUAGAGCUCAGUAUUCUUUAUUUUACGAACACAACAAAGUGUAGUAACUUUUCCCCAGCAUACAGUAGGCACAUUCAAGGUGAUACAAGAUGGCUCUUUUUUUUUUUUUUUCUAUGGAGGGAGCCUGUUCUUGGUAAAGAUGAGCAAACAUUUGGAAUUUACAUGUGGGCAGACACUGGAUUACAGCUUUCAUCACCAAUCACUGGACUUUGGCAAAGUCAAGACCAGCUAAGGAUGCUUAAAACAAGUUCUGAUCAUUAUGUAAGAAGGGAAUUGCCUGACAGACACCAUGUAAGUGAUAAGUGUCUGUCUUAUCUUUACUACACAUAUUGUAACAAAUUCAAUAUCCUAGUCUUCAUUUGUAUGAAUGGUUUGUAUUGUACAUAGUUUAACCCGGUGUUAUUUGAGCUGCUUAUUAAUAUUAACUUGUACUUGUCUCUCUGCUUGUUAUUGGUUAAAAAGAAAAAAAAAAAAGGAUAUGAGGAAUCCAUUUUAUCAAUGUAGCUGUGAACUCCAUUAAAAGACAAACUUAAUGUACAAAGCAUUUAUUCAGCUCAAGUAUUGUUGAAAGCUAUACAUAUACGGCAUUACAGUCUGUCUGUAUUUAGAUAUUUUAUUUCUGGACAAAAUGAAAUGUACAUAAAAAUAAAAUGCUUAAAGUUGAGUU